AUGAUAUCAUCGGGUAUUACACUUUCUACUCUAGCAACUGCUUUGCAUCCAACAGCUGAUACUGUUGAUCUCACUUCGACUAGUGGUGAACAUGAACGUGGCAUUCUUCAUCGUUUACCUGGCAUGACAUUGAUUGCAGAAUGGCCACAAGGUUCAUUUGUUGAAAAUCUUGUUGCUAAACACGAUGGUCAUCUGUUAGUUACCGUUCAUUCGUCGAAUGAAAUCUACGAAGUCAAUCCUAAUCUUUCCACAGCAAAUCGAACAUUAGUAGCGACAUUUCCGGCAGGUCCAACAGGCAUAACUGAACUAAGUUUCAACCAUUUUUAUGUCAAUGUCGGUACAAUUGGUGAACGAAAUACUUGGAAUAUUUGCAGUCUAACAACUCAUCCUGGAUUGACACCAACGACAGCAAUUAAACAAGUUGUCAAUGUCGAUUCAGCUCUGUUUCUAAAUGGUCUUUGUGUUCUAUCGUACGAGCAUGGAACACUUCUUUCUGUUGACUCAAUGCUUGGGAAAAUAUUUAAAAUUAACGUUCACACAAAACACGUCGAAUUAUGGUAUGAAAAUGAUUUAUUAAAGAAUCGAUCACAUGCUAUAUUAAUGCCUGGUAUCAAUGGUAUACGUCGAUGUUCAGUUGAUGGUUAUCUCUAUCUAACCAAUACAGAUCGUGCAUUGAUAUUUCGUUUAGCUGUUGAUCCAUUUGAUUAUCGUCCUCGAGGACAAUUGGAAACAAUCGUACGAAAUAUAGUUUGCGAUGAUUUCACUAUUGAUUGCAUGGGAACGAUUUAUGCCACAACACAUGUGCAUAAUUCUCUCAUGCGUUUAACACCUGUCAAGGAUGGUGAGUAUUUCAAGGAAGAAAUAGGUACUUUAGCGGAUGGAUUAGCUGGUGCAACGUCGUGUGUGUUCGGUCGAACAUAUCACGAUCGAACAAGGUACGGUUCACUUACCAACGUGAUCAAUCGGAGGGGAACAAUGAGGAUCGAAAUCGAUCACAUUAUUUCUGUUGUUUGA